UUAUAACACGAUAAACUGCGUAGACGCAGAUUAUAGAAAAAAAAUAAGUGUAAGCACUAAGUGCUAGUGAAGUGAGAGACAUUAAUCAAAUCGACAAAAUGAAAACCGUAUUUUUGUUAUCGAUUCUGCUGAUUGGGAUCGCAAGAUCAAGUGAGAUUGAUAAUCAGUCACGGUCACCAACAGAAGAGACUCUCAAACGAGGUUUGAGCAGCAAAUGCGCGGCGCGGGAGACCUCAUCAUGCAUCGCUCACGAGCUGGUUGGUUACGUCGACAGGAUGCUCAGGACUGCCUCCUUCCAACUCAGCGAGGACGCCAUGAUUGUUGAUGAGAGCAACGGUGUAGCAGCUGAUGUACAAGUAAAACCAGAGACCCUAGCGCGAGCUGGUACCUCUUUGGAGGAUCAGGCUCAGCAGGUAAUUAGCGAGAAGCUAUGGCGCUUCGCUACCACCAGGUCGCUGAGGUACAGGCUGUUGGAGAAUGCUGACCUUGUCAUUUCUGGCAAAGAAGAAAAGGACGGAAGCCUCGGAGUUGGUAUUGCAUUGAAGGCACCGAAAGCUAUUGAAACUGGCAGAGGUCGUAACAAGAACUUGGGUCCAUUCUUAGCAGCAGCAGCUCUGAAAUUCGGUCUCCUUGGUGCAUUGACCUUCAAAGGUUUAACAUUAAUGGUAGGGAAGGCUCUCCUGAUCUCCAAGAUAGCUCUUCUGCUCGCCACCAUCAUAGGAUUGAAGAAAUUAUUCUCUCCUCAGCACGCUGGCAAUGCAUAAAUGCUCGGACAUCCCAAAACGGUGCGGACGAGUAAAGCCGAAACAUACAUUGUUACGUUAUUUUAUUACCCACCAAUAGCCAAUAUUAAUAAGCGGCUGCAGUUCAUGAAAUAGAUUAUAUUUAAAGGUGAUUAAAGAUACGAACACAAAAAAGAACUGAAAAUAACGAAGUUCUGGAUCAAUUUGUGAUCUAAUCAGAUCCUUUUAUAGUCAAGUCUGAUAUACCAUAGCUUUCUAUUGAAUUAACAUACAAAUGCAAGCGGUAUUAAGUUCAUCACAUUGUCAGUGAACUGAAAAUAGAUACAGAAACAAUAGCGCUAAAAAAAUAUUAUAUUAUAAUAAAUAUUAUUCAGUUCUCUGUCAAUAUUAUUUGUUAAUUUAAUAAUUAAAUAACACAACGUAUUAAUGUAAAUAACACAUAUUUAUUGUUUAGUUUGUAUGACCUUUGUACUAAGAUGUACAAUAAUGCUGAUUCCGCAUUUAGACAAACGACUGAGCAUUUGUCGGAAAUUGAAUAAUAAUAAUAUAUUUAAUUUAUUAAUUUAUUAUAAAUAU